ACUUUACGUGCCUGGAUAUAUAGGGUAAGGUGACACCCUAUAUUUGCAGAAGAAAAACAAGGGAAAAAUAAAAACGAGCGGAACUAAAAUGAUCGUUUCAUCAACAGUUGGGAGGUGUUGGAUGGCUUACCUGCUGCUCGUGACCCACGUCGUUUUGACGUCCUCCAGCCCAGUGCCAAAGCAGAGUGCUAACGACAAAAAGAAGCUAUGCGGCCCAGACUUUAGCAAUCGACUUAAAGAUGUCUGUGUUAUUUACAAGGGUACAUGGCUGAAUCCAUCUUCUCCUGUAUCGCUAGGAAAUGAUUUUAAAUCGCAGGAUGAAGUUGCAAAGGCGGAGAACCGACGUUACCCCACGAAAAACGAAUGCUGUAGUAUCGGUUGCAAUGACAAAGAUUUGCAAAGCUAUUGCGCAGUCAUCAGGAAUCAAACAACAGUACAAUCGCAGAAUAAUCAAGAGCUGAGUGCCCCCGUCAUGACGGACCCUGAAUUUUUGGAAUUGUUACCGACCACAGAGCCUCCAUCGGAUUCGACACCUGAAUACAUCCUCAACGAGUCUUUAGAACAGGAAGCUCUGACUAUAUUGUCAACCUAUCGGACACCGCAGUACAGUAUCAACAGUCUGCAGUUCCUCUAAAGACCCAAUCUCCUCAUUUUUUUUUUUUUUUUUUAUUAUCUUCUUUCGGGAAGAAAAAAAAAACGAAUCACUCAAGAGUACCUUUUUCCUUAAAUUGAUUAUUUGUUGCCAUAUGACAAAAGAACUUCCAAUUUAUUGUUCUGACAUAUAUUUUUUUUUAAACCGAUUUUAUUCUUCUGCUUAACUAGCAGGCACGAUAUGAUUCCAUCACCCUUUAUUUUUCUCUCGAUAAUUAACGGUAAUAUGAUUAUAAUACCAAAUGCCUUAAUAAUAAAUUCGUAACGAUAUACGAUAAUAUCUCUUUUUUCAGAUGAGAAACUGAUUUAUUUGUUUGCGUGAAUCUGAAUGUUGAAUGCUGUUCUAUAAUUCUCUUGUUGUUUUGUUUGUUUACGUCGGAAUACGUGUUUUGCUUGCACCCGCCCUGCGAUCCCGCGCCAAUCAAAAAAGAAAGCCAUGUCAAAAUUAUGAUCAAUCAAAAAGAAACUCAAUAAAGGAUGCUUGAAACGCUAAA